CAAUGCCUCUUGCUUCUUGUGCCCAGGUGCAGCUCUCAAAGCCCCAGCAUGAAGAGAAGCACAGCCAUAUGCUGGAUAUUCAUCCUGCUGACUGCUUUCUUCUGUGAUGGCGUCACCUGCAAGGGCGGCCGGGGUGGGGCUCGGGGAGCAGCCCGCGGCAGUGCACGGGGGAAAGCUCGGCCCCGGAUUAAGUCUGCCCCUCACUAUCGCUCCUCAGGCACUGCGCUCCGGGUGGCUGCAGCCGCGGCAGCAGGGGCAGCGGCAGGGGGGGGGCGGCGGCAGAGACGACAGNNNCUGUCUGGGGAAGUUGGCUUGGAUAACAGCAUGGAGUUCCAGCAUGGUAACAGAACAGACAAUGGUGUCUACAGCUACAGAUCGUGGACAUCAGCUGCUCAGAUCUGUGACUUCUGGCCCUUUACUAUUUUUACAUUCUGUCUGGUGACUGCCUGCCUCCAGCUUCUUUCCAUCUGAGAGGGCCAUAGCAUCCAGCCCUGCUCUCCUGCCCUGAUCCUGUAGCUGACCCUUCAAAGUGGCAGUUUCAUGCUGGGUCAGGGCCCCAGGCUCAGCUCAAACCUGCAUGGGCCCAUUCUCCUCUCCCUACUUGGUUGUGGUGUGUUGCUCUAGUCCCCCACCCCUGUAGGCUGAGCUGCUGUCCUGCCUGCUGCAGGACUGGAGCAGCUGGGGACCCACAGCAGGCUGGGGCAGGAGCAGCUGAAUGGGAGAUCUGCUCCUGCAUCCUCUGAUCUCACCUGGACUUUGGCCAUUAUCUUCAGUGAGGGCAGUUCAUGACCCAAACUGGAGCAGUCCCUAAGGCCCCCCAGCAAGAGACAUUGUUGUCCUUGCUGUUUGUUGUGAAGUGUCCCCUCUUGAUGUUUAAUAUGUUUCCUGACAGCUUGCUCACCAGCCUGAGACAAAAGGGCAGAGCAUGUGCCACAGGCUGGGGAGGGGUCAGAAGACUCAGGCAGAGUCAGGGGGAGAGUACUGCCAUGCCUCCCAGCACAAGGGAGCUGUUGGUGUCUUCCCUGUCCUGCCGUGCCCCCAGGCUCUGGGACUGAGAUGCCGCAGAGAUGUGCUGGCAGGGGACUGGGAGUGGUACCCUGGGGCUACAGGGAAGGUCAACAACUAGUCAUGUGAAAUAAUGCAGAUGAGGGACUCAGCUUUGUCACUGAGCCAAGGUGGGCCCAAUAACAAUUUGGAAGGAGUCCCCCUCCCCGGCUCUGCAGCGCCUGUCCCUGCCUUAGCCCUACUCCCUCCCUUACUGCAGGGGCCUCGAUCUGCGCCUCCCUUCUCCACA